CUUUGUGAAGGUGUGUUUUACAGGAAGAUGAGAGCAGAGUUCAGAAGACAUGAGCGCGUAAGGCUCUGUGCUGGAUCUGGAUCUGGGUGCUUUGUGUGUGCCACAAAAAGAUAAGAAGCAUGGCAGGAAAUGAAAUAGGCCACAAGACAUCCACUGAGAUUGAACACCCAACACCGUGGACUGAACAGCACAAGUCUGGUAGGAGUGGUAUUGUCAUCCAGCUAACAAGCACGAAGGGUGAAUGGGAUGAUGGUCUCGAAGGCACUGAUCUUAUCGUCACACUUGACAGGAAUAACCAGAAAUUCCUCAAUCCCAAGCCAUCUUCCAGUGACAUGCAGACAGAUAAAAACAAAGAGUGGGCUCUCCACUCUCCAGUGUUCAAUGUUCCUCUGUCCCCAUCUUCACCAGGAUCCCUUGAAGACUGCUCAUCCUCCAGAUCCUCCAGUCUGGGCUUCCUCUCCCCCACCCACAAGCCUCUGGCUAACCUGGUGAAGUCUCUGUCCACUGAGCUGGAGUUGAAAGACACUUCAUCACUCAAGCCCAAGCCUUUCAUCAGCUUGGUGAAGUCCAUCUCCACUGAGCUUUCUCGCAGCAAUCCUGAAGUGUCCCAAUCCAAUUCAGACUCUAAGCUCAGCUUGCACCUGUGGACCCAGCUCACGCAGUCUAAAGGCCAUAAUGGAGACUCUCGCACUGCCCCUCCAUCUCCUGUUGAUCUCUCCCCAACUGAGGCCAAAACAGGCUUUUUUAAAGUGGAGCUAGAAGACACUCGUCGGAAACUCACUGAGGCCAUGCAUGAGCCUCUCAGUGUGUUCAGUAAGAUCAUGCGUGAGGACAGCAUGGGCAGGCUUAAGCAACAGAAAAGCACAGGUUCCAUUGAUUCUUUCUAUUCUAAAGGGCUUGGAAGAUCAAGUGGUGAGCUUUCAGUGACCAAGACUCCUAUGAGAAGCUGUAAGGAAAUAGUAUGUGAGGGACUGGCCAUGUCUAAUCAGCCUGUGAGACUCAAAUGUAUUCACUGCAGAUCCUGCCAUUCGCACAAUCACCUCAGCAAAUUGGAGGGUGAAGAGCCCAUUGAGAUCUGCACACAUGACGAUGCUGCACACAAUAUAAAUGUAACAAAUAAAAGUGAUCUGGCAGCUGAACACACAUCAGAGCAGCCCUGUUCUCCAGUCCCAGGGAUGGGUCUUAGCUGUGUUGCUGUUUUGUCAUACUGCUAUUUCAUCUUGCCUUUGUCCUCUUAUUGGUCUGGAAUAUUUGUUGGCUUGGCAUUUGGCUUCAUCCUGGGGCUCCUCCUUAUCCAAGUAGGACUGGCCAGACAUCCCUAUUCCGGUCUCUCAAAUAGGUUUAAUCAGAACACAUAUGACUGGAUUCAGAGUGAGAGAAAAAAGAAGACACUUCAGGGCUGGAUUAAUGAGAUGUACACAUAUGAUCCAGAAACAUACCACCCAUCUCUGAUGCACUCUGUUUAUGUGACACUGGAGGGGCCAUGUAUUCAGUUGGACUAUCCCAGCCGCAACAUCCCCCGGUGGGCCACCUUCAAUGAGCCGUUUUAUGAUCAAAGCUUCACCCACUCUCGUAGGUUUCACCUGGAUGGCAGUAAGGUGUUCCUGUUGCCUCCAUCCCUGGCACGGAAGAGAGUGUGGAACAGGAAGUAUCCCAUAUGCAUCAGUGUUGCAAGGGCAGAGGAACUAACAGAGGAGGUUGAUGAUCAACAGGACCCACAUUUCAAUGAGAAAUCAGCACUCUCUCCAUCUAAAACCAAUCAUAAUAUCACACUCUACCUCUUUGCCAGAACAGGAAGGGAGAAAGAGGAGUGGUUCCAUCACCUUUGCACAGCAUCCAUGUACAGAAACGAAGGCCAGCAUGAAUCUGAUGUGCCUGUAUUGCAAGAGGCAAAAUCCUCUAGUUCAGUGCAGGUCACUGGCAGCAUUGAGAAUAUCUCAUCGAUGUCUGCUUAUGACUACACCACCUACAUGACUGAUCUCAUCUCUUCAGGCCAGGGCAAAUCUUCACCAUGCUUCUGCCAUGACAGCAAAAAAGGCACUCCUACAGAAAACGAUCAGAAUGUAUGUUAUCAUGGAGAAGGCAUGCAGCCUGUAUGGAUUAAUGCCCUGAUCGGUCGUAUCUUCUGGGAUUUCCUCUGUGAGAAGUACUGGUCUGAUCAAAUUGUUUACAAGAUUCAGUGCAAGCUAAGCAAAAUAAGAUUGCCUUGCUUCAUGAAUGGACUGACUGUAACUGAGCUUUCUAUGGGCUCCUGCAUGCCCCAGAUCACAGGCUUGUUUCAGCCACAGGUCGAUGCCAGAGGUCUAUGGCUCCAGUUGAGUAUUGAGUACACAGGAGCCCUGCAGAUGACAUUAGAGACAAAGAUUAACCUGUCAAAACUGGGCAAGGAAGAAGCUCCGAAAGCAGUCAAAGAGAUGCAGCCGGACCAUGCAAGGUUAGUUUGUGCUGAACACUUCUAAAGGUCUAAACUCACUGUACUGGCUGACAGUGAUGAGGAAUCCUCAAGUGCAGGAUCAUCUGAUGAAGAGGAAGUUUAUUCCCAUGAGCCUCCGAAAACUCAGGGAGAGAAGGGCACUGUUCCUGGUGCUGAGAGCAGUUUGGCUGGGGGCAGCACAGGCCGGCGGAUUUUGAAACUUGUUGACAAAAUUGCUAAAUCCAAAUACUUCCAGAAGGCUACAGAAAAUGAGUACAUCAAAAAGAAGAUUGAGGAGAUGUCAAACACGCCUUUGCUGCUCACUGUUGAGGUUAAAGAACUUUCUGGAGAACUUACUGUCAACAUUCCACCUCCCCCUACAGAUCGAAUCUGGUACGGUUUCUGUGUACCUCCAAAGCUUGACCUGCGAGUUCAGCCAAAACUGGGGGAGCGGCAAGUAAACUUGUGUCAUGCCACUGAAUGGAUUGAGAAAAAACUUCAAGAUGAGUUUCAGAAAGUGUUUGUCUUGCCGAACAUGGAUGACAUAUACCUUCCUUUAAUGCACUCAACCUUGGAGAGCCAGCCAGCACCUCAGCAUUCUCCUGCACAGCCUUCACACUGUUCUGCUUUGGGCUUCAGUGAGACCUGCACCCUGAACCAUUCAUUCCCUUUAGAGUAGUGCCUCUCUGUGGCCAUUUAUGAAAAUACGCCAUCAUCACUGUGCAUUUGGUAGGUUUGUUCAGUUAUAAAAGCCUCAUCUCAUUAUCUCUAGCCGCUUUAUCCUGUUCUACAGGGUCGCAGGCAAGCUGGAGCCUAUCCCAGCUGACUAUGGGCGAAAGGCGGGGUACACCCUGGACAAGUUGCCAGGUCAUCACAGGGCUGACACAUAGACACAGACAGCCAUUCACACUCACAUUCACACCUACGGUCAAUUUAGAGUCACCAGUUAACCUAACCUGCAAGUCUUUGGACUGUGGGGGAAACCGGAGCACCCAGAGGAAACCCACGCGGACACGGGGAGAACAUGCAAACUCCACACAGAACCCGGACCUUCUUGCUGUGAGGCGACAGCGCUAACCACUACACCACCAUGCUGCCCCAGUUCUAAAAGUAAAAUGUAUAUAUAUAAAAACAAUAGUGAUUUUUAGAUAUGUUUAUAUUUCUGUUUAAA